UCAAGCUCAAGAGAUGCGCUUUAUGUUGACACAUGUCGAAGCGACAAAGGCGCAAUCUUACAAUUAGAUCUCUCAAUAAUUCAAGCUCAUCGAAGAAAAGAUCUAACAAAUGGCGUCAUCGCUGGCGAUAACGUAAACAUUACGGUAGCGGGCGGGUACGUUAUCAUCUUCCCUUUUUCCUUAUAAAAUUAGUCUCACUUCAUUUACCAAUUACCAUCCAUCAAGUGGCAAGUGACAACAGUCAACAGGCCACUGAAAUAUCCAGUUAAAUUAAAUCCUGAACUGCAGAAGCCCUAAUUAAGCGAAAUGGGAGUGAAUGUGCCGAGAAUCAAGCUGGGGUCGCAGGGCCUUGAGGUGUCCAAACAAGGCCUCGGCUGCAUGGGCAUGUCAGCCAGCUACGGGCAGCCGAAGCCCGACGCCGAGAUGAUCCAACUCAUCCACCACGCCAUCAACUCCGGCGUCACAUUUCUCGACACCUCUGACGCCUACGGUCCCCAUACCAACGAAAUUCUAAUCGGAAAGGCUUUGAAAGGGGGGAUGAGGGAGAAAGUGCAAAUUGCUUCUAAGUUUGGUUUUGCACGCAAGGAUGGGAAAAGGGAAAUAUGUGGUGACCCGGAAUAUGUGAGGUCUGCAUGCGAGGCGAGCUUGAAGCGUCUUGAUAUUGAGUGUAUUGAUCUGUAUUAUGUUCAUAGGAUUGACACUCGUGUACCCAUUGAAGUCACGAUGGGAGAACUUAAGAAACUGGUUGAAGAAGGGAAAAUAAAAUAUGUCGGUCUCUCAGAGGCUUCUGUUUCAACAAUCAGAAGGGCUCAUGCUGUUCACCCAAUUACUGCGAUCCAGAAUGAAUGGUCACUAUGGUCAAGAGAUUUGGAAGAAGAAUUAGUUCCUGCUUGCAGAGAACUUGGCAUUGGAAUUGUCACAUACAGUCCACUUGGACGUGGCUUUUUGUCAGUCGGUCCCAAGUUGAUACAGAACUUGCCAGAGGGUGACUUCCGUAAGAUCUUUCCAAGGUUCAAAGCUGAGAAUCUUGAAGCCAAUAAGGUCGUAUAUGAAAAGAUCAGUGAAAUGGCUACUAGAAAAGGCUGCACCCCGUCUCAACUGGCAUUGGCUUGGGUUCAUCACCAAGGAGAUGAUGUGUGCCCUAUACCCGGCACCACCAAGAUCAACAACUUCAAUGAGAAUAUUGGAGCUCUCACAGUGAAACUAACUCCGGAAGAGAUGACUGAGCUCUCUUCUUUGGCUGACAUGGUUGGUGGGGAGAGGCACGCGUUCAUGACAAGUACAUGGGUAAAUUCCGACACGCCACCGUUGUCUUCUUGGAAAGUUGAUGCCUGAGAUGCAUUUGCACUAUGGAUGCUAUAUUUUCUAUUCGCUUCAAGCACAGUUACUGAAUCAAGCUUAUGCUUAUGAAUAAAAGGACUCUUCUACGUUACUGCA